CACACUCACGCCAGCACAGGCACACAAUCGCGGAACUGACAAGUCAGUCAGAGCACUUCACGGAUUCACUGCGUGUCGUCCUCGUCUGGUGGCCUACCCUCUCCCCGACUGUGAUGGAUGGAUGGAUGUGCCCCCUCUUUCACCUGCCUCCCCUGUCUGUUGGUCUGUCUCAUCCCAUUCUCUUUGUCUUCCCCUCUGCUGUCUGUCUGUCUGUCUGGUGGGCUGGUCCUCGGGCGUUGGUUGCUCACUCGUGGUGGUGUGGUUGGUCCGUCCCUCUGUGCAGAAAAUGGGACGGGAUAAAUUAGAUAGAUCUGACGAACGGCUGGGAGGGACGGGGGGAGGAUAGGAUGGGUCACGAGGGGGUGGCGGUACUGACGUGUUGACCUAUCUAUCUCUAUUCUCCUGAUGGAUGGAUGGAUGGACGGAUGGGCAGUUUCUGGCUGUCCUGCCUGUCAUUGUGCCGUCCUGUCUCCUUCCCUGAUUGCCCCCGAGCCUGCCUCGUUCACUCACUCUCUCUGCAAUUUUGUGUCUCUGUUGCACGCGUGUGUGUGUGGGUGGGUGAGAGAAUGAUUGCCCGAUUGGUCGACUCGAAGAUUGUUCAUGAUGCUCUGUGUGUGUGGUGUGUGUGACAGUAUUAUCCCCCUACGUGAGUAUCCAUGUGAAAUGCCCGUGUGCUAUCUUUCUCAUACCAGCGGCCAGCCAAAUCGCACACGGAACAUUCUUCAAGUCCCUGUCGAAUGCAAUGCAGUCCCUCAGAUGAUGCAUCGUUGAAAAACGCCACGAUCAGCUAGCUGUCCAUCCAGAUCACGAAGGUGCGAUUCAACUCAGCAUGUAGCAAGGGGAGGAGGGAGGGACGGAGUGAAAGGGUAAGAGCCACGCCACGCCGCUCCCGCCCCGCCCCCCCCACUCAGCAAGCCAUAGGUAGAACCUACCUAGCAUGCAUAAAACACGGCUGCCUGCCAGCCAUCGAUCGGUGCGCGCACCCACCCACCCACACGUGCACGUGCACGUGUCCGUCGCGUCACAUCCAUCCCCAAUCAAUGCACAGCAAGACAGACAGACACAGAUGGGGGAGCCGAGAGAGGGAAAGGGGAGAGCGGGGGAGGGAGGGAGGGAGGGAGGGAGAGGUCGUUCAGGACUCUUUCUUGCCGUUGGGUUUGGUCUUGCUGCUGUGGUUGCCUCCGCCGCCUGACUUGGGAGCCGCCUUUGCGGAUGAUGACUUGCUUGACGCCUGGCACUUGGCCUCCUCCUACAGUGGACACACAACCACAGCCAUCACCGCAGCGAUCAAUAAAUGGCUGUGUGGCGUGGAUUGGGUUUAUGUGGUGGCUGGGUGCGCACCCACUGCUGGGUGGCUUACCUCAGCCUUGAUGAGCGCUGCGGCUUUCUUCUCGGCGAGCCGCUGCUCCUUCUCAAGCUUCUGUUGCUUGAUCUUCUCCUCAUGCUUACAACACAACACACACACAAACGUCCGUCCACCCAUCGCAUCUCAUCGGGUCAGUCAUGUGUGGCCCUCGGUGUGCUGGACGUACCUCUUUUUGUUUCUUGAGUUUCUCAGCCUCCUUUUCCUUUUGUUUCUGGCGCUUCUCCACCUCCUUCUGCUGCGCCUCGCGCAGCAGAUUGGCGCGCCACAACUGAUACGCCUGCGGAAAGAUUCGCUGACCUGCAGGGACACAGGCCACACACAGAGGAACAGACAAAGGUAUCCGGGUGGCUCGCUCUCUCUCCGUGUGUGUGUGUGUGUGUGUGUGACGUACCCCAUCCGUCUUCGAGGCACUCGGCCUCCUUCUGGAUGAAAUUGAUCUCGUCCACCAAAUCUUUGUAGGCCUGAACAGCACACACACAGGAGAAGCGAUGCAUUCAUGGCAAUCCGUCCAUCCCAUCCCAUCGAUGCAUCCAUAUCUUGGCACUAAUAAAUAAAUUGCAUGGCGCGUAGCGUAGCGUACCGCCCGAAUGAGUUGCCAGUGGUGUUCCGAGAUGAGUCGUCUUCUGUAGAGCGCCUCCUUGCCUGGGUAGUCCUUCUGUAUCUCCUGGUACCUCGGCAGGUUGGCUAUCGCGCGCUUCAUCAGACCCGUGCGCAUCAGACGCUUCUCCUCGGGAGAUAACUGCCUGCACACCACACCAACGACAGACAGACACAUAAACCCAAGCCAGCCGUCACAAUCCUUUUCGACGUGUCUGUGUGUCUUGUCUGUCUGUCUGUCUGUCUGUGCGGCUGACUCACCUGAGCCAGCUGGUUGUGAACUCGUCGGGUUCGUCUGUGUCUGAGAGCGUUUCGUCCUCCUCGCCGAACUCAUUGAUGGGCACCUCAGUGUACUCAGGGUUUUCCCUCUGAAACUUGCGCAUGGCGUCUGUACGGAUCUUGUCAUAGUAGCGGAUCUCGUUGCGCGGCACGGGGUAGCCCAGCCGCAGCUCAGCCUCCUGGAAGAAGCCCGUGGAGCUCUUCUGGCUCUUCCACUCCGACCACAGCAUGUAACCCGCCGCACCGCCCAGUAUCACCAGACACACCACCACUAUCAGCACGUCGAUCACGAGGUCGAACAUGACAGGCAGGCCACCUCAGCUCAGCUCAGCUCAGCUCGGCAGGGGCACGGCAAAGCGGCUUGAGCAUCAGCAUCUCAGCAUCAGCAGAAACAGAACGAGUUCUCCCAUGCGGUUUGGGGACUGGAAAUCGACAGGCAGCCGGGCCACAGAGAGGAUUCCACUGCCUUUCGU